CGCAGGCUCGCGCGGCGGCGCGCAGCAUCCCGCGCUUGGGCUGCGAGCAGCGGCGAGGAUGUGAGUGAGGAGCAGGCGGCGCCGCUCGCCACGCUGCCGCCGCCGCCGCCCCGGGCCGCUCCCGCUCCCGCUCCCGCUCCCGCACCGCCGGCGCCCGGGAGCCGCCGCCGCGCCGCUCCCGCGGCCGGACAGCUCCGUGUGGGUGCGCUCUCCCGCCCGCAGCGUGGGCCGGCGCGCGGCGAGGGGCGAGCUCGCGAGGCAGCCGCGGCGCGUGGAAGGCGACCCCCCCAUCUUCCUCCGUGCACCCCCGCCUCCUCCCGGAGGAGGAGCAGCGCAGGCAGAGAGAAGCGGCUAGAAGGCGACCCCCACCGCAGCCCCCCGGAGGAGCGGUAGACGCGGCUCCCCACCCCGCUGGGGCCGCAGCGUCAGGACGAGGCAGAAGAAGCCUCCGCCGGCGGCAGGAGUGAGCUGAGCGCGGCCGACCCCCCUGCCGAAAGGGGCGACAGGACCAGGUACGGGGAGCCACCCGCGCCUCCCCCGCGCGGGGGGGAGGACCCAGCCAGCCCCCUUCCCCGCGGGCAGCGGCAGCGGCAGCUCCCCUGGCCACCGGCACCAUGUCCGCCGCGCAGGUGUCGUCGUCGCGGAGGCAGUCGUGCUACCUGUGCGACCUGCCGCGAAUGCCCUGGGCCAUGAUCUGGGACUUCACGGAGCCCGUGUGCCGCGGCUGCGUCAACUACGAGGGCGCCGACCGCAUCGAGUUCGUGAUCGAGACGGCCCGGCAGCUGAAGCGGGCGCACGGCUGCUUCCAGGACGGCCGCUCCCCGGGCCCCCCGCCGCCGGUCGGCGUCAAGGCGGUGUCGCUCUCCGCCAAGGAAGCGGCGGCGGCGGCGGCGGCGGCCCAGCAGCAGCUCAACCAUGUGGACGCCUCCUCCAAGGCAGCCUCGGCGGGGCUGCCCCCGUCCAGCCUGGAGCGCUACGGGCUCAGCGCCGCGGCGGCCGAGCAGCGCAGCCGCUUUGAGUACCCGCCGCCGCCGGGCAGCCUGGGCGGCAGCCACGGUGCCCGUCUGCCCAACGGGCUGGGAGGGCCCAACGGCUUCCCCAAGCCGCCCGAGGACGGGCCCCCGGAGCUCAACCGGCAGAGCCCCAACUCCUCGUCCUCCUCGUCCUCCUCCCGCCGCGGGGCGCACGGGGGGCUGGUGGCCGGGCUGCCGCCGGGGGCCGCCAGCGCCCAGAUGAACGUGCCCCCCAGCCUGCUGCCACAGACCCUGCUGAACGGGCCGGCCGCCUCCGGCGUGCCGCUGCCGCCGCCGCACGGCGGGCUGAGCGGCCGCGGCGGCGGGGCACCGCCGGCUCCCCCCGCCUCCUCCCAGGGGGGCACCUGCGGCGUCGGCGGCGCUGGCGGCAGUGGCGGCUCAUCCUCCGAGGCCUGCGGCAAGCGGCCGGGCUCCGUGUCCAGCAGCGACCAGGAGCGCGAGCUGAAGGAGAAGCAGCGCAACGCGGAGGCGCUGGCCGAGCUCAGCGAGAGCUUGCGGAACAGGGCUGAGGAGUGGGCCAGCAAGCCCAAAAUUGUGCGGGACACGCUGCUCACGCUGGCUGGCUGCACCCCCUACGAGGUGCGCUUCAAGAAGGAUCACGCCCUGCUUGGCCGUGUAUUUGCCUUUGACGCUGUGUCCAAGCCGGGCAUGGACUAUGAGCUGAAGCUCUUCAUCGAGUACCCGAGUGGCUCCGGCACUGUCUUCUCCAGUGCCUCCGGCGUGGCCAAGCAGAUGUACCAGGACUGCAUGAAGGACUUCGGCCGCGGCCUCUCCUCGGGCUUCAAGUACCUGGAGUACGAGAAGAAGCAUGGCUCGGGCGACUGGCGGCUCCUGGGGGACCUGCUGCCUGAGUCCGUGCGCUUCUUCAAGGAGCUGGUGGGCACUGACAUGCUGCCGCAGCCCUACCUGGACGCCAGCUGCCCCAUGCUGCCCACGGCACUGGUGAGCCUGCCGCGGCCCAGUGCCGCCGCCGCCGGGGCGCAGGGCGCCGCCGCCACCUCCAGGGGCCCUGCCGGCGGCGGCGGCAGUGGUGGCGGGGCCAUGCGCAAGAGGAAGGCGUCUCCCGAGCCCUCGGACUCGGCCGAGGGGGCUCUGAAGCUCAGCGACGAGCAGCAGCGGCAGCAGUGGAUGGCCAGCCAGAGCGAAGCGCUCAAGCUCACCAUGUCGGCCGGGGGCUUCGGGGCGGUGCACGGAGGGGGCCCCCCGCCGCCGCCGCCGCCCCUCGGGGCUCACUCCAACCGGACCACGCCGCCCGAGUCCGCCCCCCAGAACGGACAGUCCCCCAUGGCCGCGCUUAUGUCGGUGGCCGACACGCUGGGCAAUGCCCACUCGCCCAAGGACGGCAGCUCUGUGCACUCCACCACGUCCACCCGCAGGAACAGCAGCAGCCCCGUGUCGCCAGCCUCUGUGCCGGGCCAGCGCCGCCUGGCCUCCCGCAACGGGGACAUGAACCUGCAAGUGGCCCC